AGAACUCCCCAGGCAAUGGAUCCCCUCGUGGUGGUGGAGGGACCCUUGGGUGAUGCCGUGGGGCCACCUGCCUGCAGGCACGGCCGCCCCGUCCUGCUGGCAGCAGGAAGGUCACCUGCUGCUCAAACCCUGCCUUUAUGCUUUGCUCCGGCAAAAAUCCUUCUGGCCACCUGCUGCGUGCAGCCCCGCUGUGGCCACUAUCUGCAUGGUAAAACUUGUGGAAGGGAAGUGAGCCGAACGGGGCAAAUCACGGGCGAGAGCGGCAACUCAUUCACCCCGCCGAAACGAGAGCUGCCGCCUCUCCCCGGCACAGCUCCGGCCCUGGCCGCCCGCGGCCUGCGGAGGCGGCGGGACGGGCCCUGCCGGGCGCACCCCGCCCCGCCCGAGGGCUUCCCCGCCGCCCGGGCAUCCCCAGCCCCUCACGGCGAGGCGGGGCCGGCGGAGCCGUGCCCGCUCCGGGGCUGGGGCCGUGAGAGCGCCGCGCAUUCGGAGCGAAGGAGCCAAAGCCGAGCCGGGGGCGAGGGCGUUCGCCGCGCGUUGGCCGAGGCGGGGGCGGCCGUUCCCCUCCGGCCAAGCCGCUGUUGGGCGUCGGCCUCUUCCGCCGCUGCCCCCGGCUCGGCUCAGCCCCGCCCCGAGCGGCGGCGGCUCCUUGACCCCGGUGCCAUGCGUCCCGGUGGUGCGGGCAUGGCCGUGUCCUGGGCGCUGCCCGCGCCCCUCAGCCCGGCGCAGCUGAAGCGCCUGGAGCAGCACCGCUACAGCGCGGCCGGGCGCUCGCUGCUGGAGCCGUGGCUGCAGCCCUACUGGGGCUGGCUGGUGGAGCAGGUCCCGCGGGGGCUGGCGCCCAACGCCAUCACCAUGGGCGGCCUCCUGCUGAACUGCCUGACGGCGCUGCCGCUCAUCGCCUGCUGCCCCAGCGCCACCGAGCAGGCACCUUUUUGGGCAUACAUCCUGGGUGCACUAGGACUUUUUAUCUACCAGUCUCUGGAUGCCAUUGAUGGGAAGCAAGCCAGAAGAACAAACAGUAGUUCUCCCCUUGGAGAACUCUUUGAUCAUGGUUGCGACUCUAUUUCCACAGUAUUUGUUGUCCUUGGAUCCUGCAUAGCAAUCCGACUAGGAACAAAUCCUGACUGGUUGUUUUUCUGUUGUUUUGUGGGACUGUUCAUGUUCUAUUCUGCUCACUGGCAGACAUACGUAUCAGGCAUACUAAGGUUUGGAAAAAUUGAUGUAACUGAAGUUCAGAUCGCCAUAACAAUGCUACUCUUGAUAUCUGCCUAUGCAGGAGCAGGAAUAUGGGACUAUAAGGUCCCUUUGCUGGGCUUAGAACUCAAGUUCUUUGCAGUUAUUGGCAUCCUGUGUGGAACAGCACUUUCUUUUUUCAAUUACUUUCGUGUCAUCUUUGGUGGAGGGGUUGGAAAGAAUGGAUCUACAAUAGCAGGAACAAGUGUUCUUUCACCAGCCCUGCACAUUGGACUGCUUAUCACACUGGCCAUUACAAUUUAUAAAAAGUCUACAACUCAGCUGUUUGAAAAACAUUCUUGCCUGUAUGUCUUGACAUUUGGGCUUGUGAAUGCCAAAAUCUCCCAGAAGUUGGUGGUGGCUCACAUGACAAAAAGUGAAAUUUGUCCUCAGGACUCUGCAUUUAUUGGGCCAGGACUUCUGUUUUUGAACCAGUACUUCAACAGUUUCAUUGAUGAAUAUAUUGUUCUGUGGAUAGCAUUGUUCAUAUCCUUGUUUGAUAUGCUGAGAUAUGCCAGUGGUGUGUGCCUACAGAUUGCUGCUCAUCUUCAUAUACAUGUCUUCAGAAUUUCAUCUCAUCAAGCUCCUGAGCAGGUACAAGUUGCUCCUCCCUUGAGCCAUCAGAAUAACAUGGACUGAAGAGACUUGCGAACAGUUGCCAUCUCCUGCUGUUGCUGUCACAAGAAAAGGAGAUAAUGCUGAACAAAUGCUGUAUCAAUAUGAUUCCUUUGAAUUAAAUGAAUGUCAAAUGACUUUUAAUUGAAUGUUCUAUUUUUGCAUUUAACUAACUUCAUAGACCUGAUACUUACAGUGUCCAUCAUAAUCUUCUUCUGCAACAUCGCCAUUUCCUUGCGAAGUUCAUUUUGGGCACCAGCCAGAAGAUUUUCAUUGCUCUUCUCCAGCUCUUCCAUGCUCUGAAGUUAAGGAUAUUAAUUCAGAACUCCUCAAUGUCAAACAGUUAAUUUAAAACAACCGAACAAACCAAUAAUUAUUCAUACUACAUUUUAAUUUUGACAGGGAUCACAGAUAAUUGAUGAGUUUCUCUCAGACUUGGCAGAGGAAUGAGACAGGACUUCAUACUCCAGUCUACAUUCCUAUUUAAACAGUAUGUACCCUGGGAAGAAGAUAGAGCCCUCCAGUCAGCCUCUGUGAGGUCUCAGCUACUUUUUCUGCAUUUCAAUUAAGAUAAAAAUUCUACAAGAGGAGAUUGAACAGACAUCCCUCAGGAAUUCUAGGGGUUCAAUAUUAUGACAACCUUGCUGGACUUGAAGUGAGGAGUAUAAACCCCACUGCGUUUCUUUGCACGCUUCUCCCCAAAUAAGCCAAAUAAAACUCCCUGGUUAUCCUCCCUUUUUUACAUACAGUUACACUUACCUCUGUGUAUGUGUCUAGUUGCAUUUUCUUUAAUUUGUAUUUAUUUAAGCCUAUUUGAGGUUUGACUUCUACCUUUUGAUCUUUUUUAAGGAGAAAAAUCAAAGUGAUACUUGACCUUCUGUUCAGUUUUUCCUCUUUGAUGAAGACAUUUUUGACAUUUUGGAAGAGUUAUUACUUAUUAUUGCUUCUGUAAUAUACUCAGUAAAUUCUGACUAUUUUAAACUAA